CCUUUUGACUCCGAGGACCAUUACCAGAAUGGAUCUAAUGGAGAUAGAUGACAGCGUACAUAUGAGGAAGAACCUCACCAUGUAUAGCCUUGACACAAGAGAUUACAUGUUCAUCAAUUCGAUGUCAGAAGACCUGAUUCAGACUGCUCACAGCUCUGGAGAACAGUUAGAGGCCACAUUGAGUAACGUGACAAAAGACAAAGAGCAGCUGCAGCAAAGCUACAACACCUUAAAACAAGAGAGAGAUCAGCUACAGACAAACUAUAGCAGUGUUCAGAGAAAUCUCAACAACCUGCAGAGAGAAAAGAAUGACCUACAGACUCAGUUUAACACCAUGAGCACAAACAGAGAUGAGUUACAGAGGAGUAAUGCUGCGCUGAAGAGUGAAAAGGACCAGUUGCAAAGAAGCAAAGACAACUUGCAAAGCCAAUUUAAUACUCUGCAGAGGGAGAAAGAUCAGCUGAGGACCAACUACAACUUGACUGAAGUUAGAGAUCAGUUACAGCAGAAGGUCAAUGCACUAGACAAGCACUGUCCGGCAAAGUGGAACAAGUUCGGUACCUGCACCUGUAUCUAUGUUUCUCCUGGAUCAAGAAGCUGGUCCUUAAGCAGAGACUUUUGUAUAUCACUAGGAGGUCGCCUGGCAAUCUUAAACAAUGAUGACAAAAUGACAUUUGUCAACGGGUUGCUGGGAUCAGGAGUGGAAGCCUGGAUUGGUCUGACUGACAGCGUUAAAGAGGGGACCUGGAAGUGGGUGGAUGGAUCCACCGCCACAACUACAUUCUGGGGGUCCGGACAGCCAAACAGCUGGGGAGGAGGCCAGGACUGUGUAGAAUUUACACAGAAUUCAAACAAUGGACAUUGGAAUGAUGAUAGUUGUUCUACUGAGCAAAUCUGCAUCUGUGAAAAAUUCCUGUAACUUACACUUAAAGGGACAUUUCAGUGUUUUGAGGUCAGUUUGUAUGAUGUACUUGGCGAUAGAUGGGCCAUUAGCCUCCAGUGAUUUCAGUGAGCGUUGCCCCUUUAAACAGGACGUGUUUGAUGAAGGUAGAGUAUACAGCACCACAGACGGAUAAAGCUGCUCUGCUUAAUUUAACUAUUUUAUGAAAAAAUGGGCCUAAAAACAAAGCUGGCUCAAUUGUACACUGUAUUGUAACCUUUGGAAUGAUUUCAUUUUUCACACAGAGAGCCUCUGUGUUUGGCACUAUUUUGUACAGUGAGCUUCGUCUACUGGCUACGUGUUCUUCCUCCUCAGCGUAUCUGAGCAGCUGUUUGCAUCUGUGGGCUUCAUCAGAGAAAAAGCAAGCUCAAACUAGUUGUUCAAGCUCAGUUUUUCACUUCAACUUCUGAUACUUUUUUUAAUGGGUAAAAAUAUGCUAACUGCAGCUUGUCUAGUAAUCGGACAAAUUUCCAGUCAGCUCUUCUGUUCUGGAUUAGUUUUGCCAGUUUAUACUCAGAAAGUUGAAGAAAGUCCGUAAAACACCGGCUUUAGUGAGGCAGGGAACUCUGAAUGGGGAGUGAUGCAGUCUGAGGCAUCUGUGAGCCGCUAUCUUCGAUCAGAAAUGUCCUGAAGGAAUGUUACAAAGUCCCACUCAUGACAACUGCAGCUCUCGUGGACACACAGUUUACUCCACCAGGUAACUUGGGAUCUCCCCUGCUAACCAAUCUCCACUAAAAUGUAUCUCUCUCUCUCUUUCUUUCCGUUUACUCUAAAUGGCUCAUUAAGGUAAGUUCACACUGAAAAUAGUGCUAAACACUGAGGGUUUCUUGGUGAAAAAUGAAAUGCUUUCAAAAUGUUUGAUAGCGCGUACAAUUGAGCCAGCUUUUUUUUUUCAGCCCAAUUCACCUAAAACAUGCGGAGCAACUGUACCCGCCUGUUUAGCCUAGUUUCCUCAAGGGCAUCCUGUUUAAAUGGGCACUGCUUUCUGAAAUCCUUGGAGACUAAUUGCACUGUUAACACCAAGUACCUCAUAAAACCAAACUUCAAAAAUACCAAAAUCUCCCCUAACCCACUCCAUAUUAACACAUCUAUAUUAAAAUGGUCACAUUCUAGUUUUAUGACAGAGAAAUUUGCUUUCCUUAUUCAAACAAGUAAACCUUUAUCCAGUGCUGUUAAUGUCAAAUAUUGGUUGGUGUUAGCUCAGGUGAACGACACAGUAGCUUGAUUUUACAGAAUCAGAAUUUACAUUUAAUGACUAGUCCUGAUCCUGAAAUGACCCUCUGUUUGAUAGUUUUGAAUACGUAUGAAUAAAUGUAUGUUCAUGAAUUAUCCUAACAGGGCAUAUGCAUAUAUCAUUUGUAUUUGUUUUAUUAAUUUACUGUAAGAAAUGUUGAUGAUUACAUGAUGCAGGUACUGAGAAAUGUCUGUAUCUCUCAAUAAAAAUGUCCAAUUUC